AUUUUUGCUCCGCGCUUUGCGUCAAAGUUCGAAACUUUGAACCUCCAACCACCGGCCACAGCCAUUCUCAGCAUCAUCAAUAAGAGCACUAUCCUAUUGGAGAGCACAAAGAUAUAUACCAGGUACCCUCGGCAAGCACUACUGGCUGGCUGCUGUACAACUUUGAGUGAGACAACUUGGCGAAGCCCACAUUCUACACCGAGACAUUCCAGCUACCGCUUAGCGGUACGGAUGAUCUUGUGCUUCCCAGGGCCAUGUUACUGAGAUCUCGGUGAUCCAAUACAUCCAGGUAUGUACUAGGCUACCUCUUGGUUUAUGGUGCGGCCUAAUAUAAUCGCAGAACCACACCCAAACUCCUUUCGAACACUUGCCACCCUGCUCGGGAGGGAUGAAACUCCUCCUCCCUCGCCAAGAACCCAAUCCAUCGCCCCUAUCCCCAGGGCUUCCCGAGCACAGUGAAUUCGACCCCGACGACUACUGCGCCCGCCGCCUCGCCGGCCUCGAAACCGGCCCGAUACCUGACAUCGGACCCGGCACCGCAGCCGCCAUUUGGGUCCUAGUCGCCCUCGCCACCUCGUUUCUUGGUCUGCGCAUCUACUGCAAGAUAUGGCGGUCGCGCGGCAUAUGGUGGGAUGAUUUGGUCCUGAUCAUCAGCUGGACCAUGUUCCUCGCCUCCUCCAUCAUGUCCCACCGCGCCAUCACCCUCGGCCUCGGCCGGUACGCGUGCGACAUCCACCCGCCCACCAACCUCAGCCGAAUAGCAUUCGAAGGCGGCGGGCUCGGCUCCCUCUUCACCGUGCUGGCGAUCGUGUGGUCCAAGACGUCCUUCGGCAUCACCCUGCUGCGGCUGGCGCGCGACCGGCUGCGGUGGGCGCUGGGCGGCGUCGUGGUGGCGAUGAACGUGGCCAUGGGCCUGCAGGCUGUCUUUGUGUGGGUGCGCUGCGAUCCGGUCGAGAAGAAUUGGCGGCCGGAAGUGGGGGGGAGGUGUUGGGAGCGGGAGGUUAGUAAUGGGUAUGCCGUGUUCUCGGCGGUGCUGUCGGGGGUGUGUGAUGUGUUGUUUGCGUUGUUGCCGUGGUAUCUGGUGUGGGGGUUGAGGAUGCGGAAGAAGGAGAAGAUUGGCGUGGUGGUGGCGAUGAGUAUGGGGGUUUUUGCUGGGAUAACCUCCUUCGUCAAGUCCGGGCAUAUUCGGGACAUGGGGUCCAAGGAUUUCACUCACGACGGGUGUUACUUGAUAACAUUGGCCACAGCCGAGAUCGCCACGACUAUAAUGGCAUCCUGUAUCCCGGUGCUGCGCGUUCUAUUCCGCGACCUGCGGGACGUCACGCCCACGGAGAUCAGCUGGACAGGCGUUCUGCAGCACUACCACUAUCAUAAGUCUGACAGCACUGGGGAGACAACAAAAGGGGUCGUCCGCAGCCCAGCUGAUGCAAGCGUCCCCGCCGAAGACGGGAAUGGUGGUAACCCGCAAGAAACCCCAGACCAGCCCGACCAGAGGCAUAGCCGGACGGCCCCUAAGCUCUGGAGGACCUUAUGGGACUUUAGGAAAAGUGCUGGGUCACGAACCAAACCGCCGAUAAGAGUGUCACCGGCAGCUGACGCAACCCCAGUAGCACCAUAUGUUGCCGCUCAGAACAUCAGUCAGAGGGUGUUGGUGUGUGUCUCAGGCCAGAGCACACCAUCCGAAGGGGCACCAACAGAGGGGGUGAUCGUGCAGACACAGGAGUUCGAGAUCAAGUACGAAGGAAGAAGGCCACGGACGGGGAGUGCGGCGGGUUAUGAGAUGGAGAGGAUUGAGAUCCAACAGGCGAAGUGAUACUGUCGGCCGCUAGUGAGGCUUUCUUGGGCCGUCCUGCCCCUGGAUGGCCUCUGCUAUUUACAUGUGUGUUAUGACUUUCGACGAGAAACACCCAAGAUAGAAGCCUCGUGCGCUCACGCUGUGGAUUCAAUGUCAGUAAUGAGAAUAGAC